AUGUCAAAGACGGAGAGUUCAAAACCUAAGAGGGAGAUGCAGGUCCUCUCUCUGGGCUUGCCUCGCACUGGCACCGCCUCAAUGGCCGAGGCCCUCACUGUCUUGGGCUACAAAGACGUCUACCACGGCAUCAAAAGCAUCGACAACAAAGAAGAUUGGGCAAUACUAGAGAAAGCAGCAGAUGCCUCGUUUCCGAAUUUACCGUCCUACACUGGUAGGCCUUUUACUCGCGAGCAGUGGGAUGAGCUUUGGGGCCACUGCGAAGCUGUUACUGAUGUGGCAUCCGUGUUUGCGCCACAGCUCAUCGGAUCAUACCCAGACGCCAAAGUAAUUCUUGUCAUUCGCGAAUAUGAUGCUUGGUUCAAGAGCAUGGAUGAGGGUGUUCUCAAAGCGCUGUGGAGUCCAAUUGGUCAGUUCAGCAUCAACUACAUCGAGCCCGUCAUCGGCUCUGUUGCUGGCCGCGCUGCCACAAAGCAGAUGCAGGGUCUUUUCCAAGCGAAAGACGCCCAAGAGGCUAGACAGAAGGGAAGAGAGGCCUAUGACCGUCACCACCGAGUCAUCAAAGAGAUGACUCCCAGGGAACGGCUCCUGGUGUACCGACUGGGUGAUGGAUGGGGACCUAUUUGCGAGUUCCUGGGGAAGCCGGUGCCGGAGCAGGAGUUCCCUUGGGUCAACGAGGCGGCGGAGUUGCGGAGGGUUAUAUCGGUUAAGAUCAAGAGGAACAUACAAGAGGCUGUCGUGGUUGCUUUGCCCUGGGUUGGGGCUGCUGCCGCUGUGGGAGUUGGGUUUUGGAUGGUUUACAAGAGGUGA